AUGGGAAAAGCGCCCAAGAAGAAGUUCACCACAGCUGCUGGCAAUGGGCCACAAGUGUCAGCGGAAAAGCAUCUGAGCUCGGUAUUCAAGUUCAACACGGAUUUGGGCCAACACAUUUUAAAAAAUCCGCUCGUUGCUCAAGGAAUUGUGGAUAAGGCGCAAAUUAGGCCUUCGGAUGUCGUACUUGAAGUCGGUCCAGGUACAGGUAAUUUGACGGUUCGCAUAUUGGAACAAGCUCGUAAGGUUGUCGCUGUCGAAAUGGAUCCUAGAAUGGGUGCAGAACUCACUAAGCGUGUCCACGGGACAGCUGGAGAGAGAAAACUUGAGAUUCUAUUGGGAGAUUUCAUGAAGACCGAGUUGCCAUAUUUUGAUAUUUGCAUUAGUAAUACCCCAUAUCAAAUCUCGUCACCAUUGGUUUUCAAACUCAUCAAUCAGCCUCGACCCCCUCGCGUGUCCAUCCUGAUGUUUCAAAGAGAGUUUGCCAUGCGACUGUUGGCGAGACCUGGCGACUCACUAUACUGUCGACUAUCUGCAAAUGUUCAAAUGUGGGCGAAUGUCACACACAUUAUGAAGGUGGGGAAGAACAACUUCAGACCUCCUCCACAAGUAGAAUCGAGUGUUGUGAGGAUCGAAAUUAAGAAUCCUAGACCUCAGGUAGAUUUUAACGAAUGGGACGGGCUUCUGCGUAUCGUUUUUGUCCGGAAAAAUAGAACUAUCGCGGCUGGCUUUAAAUCUACCACGGUUUUAGAAAUUCUCGAGAAAAACUAUAAGGCCUUCUUGGCUACUCAGGAUUCGGGCUCUGGAAUGAUUGACGACACAGCGAACUCGAUGCUGGAGGUCGUCAAAGCUAAAAUCGAAACUGUGUUGAGAGAGACAGACUUAUCUGACAAGAGAGCUGGAAAAUGUGAUCAAACAGAUUUUCUAAAGCUAUUAUAUGCAUUCCACCAAGUAGGAAUCCAUUUUGCUUAG